AUGUCUACUCUUACACCUGCCUCGACUCCUCAAAAGAAGAAGCGAACUAUAAGGGAUAUAUCAAACACAUAUAAGGAUAAUGUACAAUUACCAUUAACACCAACAAAAACACCCCAAAGCAAGAGACUUAAACUUGAACAUAGCUCGCCCAGUGAUGUAUCUUGUAGGAAGAAACUUAUAUUUAAUACACCAUGCCCAACACCACCACAGACAAGGAAAUCUUCGAUAUACUCUCAAGCUAAAAACUUGUUUCAAAGAGGUUAUGCUUGUGAAUUACUGGCGAUGGAUAACAAAUCUCAGCUCAUUAGUAGGGAGACAGAGGCGCAACACAUCAAUGAGUUUAUACAAAGUAGCGUUGAUUUGAAACAAUCAAAUAGCCUAUAUAUUUCGGGACCUCCGGGCACAGGCAAAACAGCCCAAGUCAAUCUUAGUUUAAAAAGAUUUCAACAAGACUUUUUACUGGUUAAAGUUGUCAAUAUUAACUGUAUGACACUAAGGAAUCCCGAGCUGAUUUUUCAUGAGAUAUACUGCUCAAUAGUAGAUAAAUUGAGUAUAUCCUUUUUAAAGAAGAAGAAUUAUAAUGAUCUUUACCAGUUGUUGAAUAAACAAGAUUGCGAUUGUCAACAUUUAACUCAUAUCAUACUUGUCUUGGAUGAACUAGAUGCAUUACUAACCAAGUCACAACAAGUCAUAUUCAAGCUAUUUCAGCUUGCAAACAAGUCUGCUAGAAUAGAACCUACACAUAUUAAAGUGAUAUUAUUGGGGAUAUCGAAUACUUUAGAUAUGAAUAAUAAAUUUUUACCCAAACUAUUUCAGCAUGAUUUAAUACCUCGGUCACUACAGUUUUUGCCCUAUUCUGCGGUGCAAAUUAAAUCGAUAAUAAAUUCAAGGUUGAAGACACUACCUCAGGAAGUAAUACAGCCCACAGCAUUACAGUUUUGUUGUCAGAAAGCUGCAUCAUUAUCAGGCGAUCUUCGAAAAGCAUUUGAUAUAUGUUACAAGAGUAUUGAAUUGGUAGAAAGAGAGCAAACAAGGGUUCAUGAUAAAGAUGGCGCAUUUGCCAAAGUGACGGUUGCACAUAUUGCCAAGACAUGUGUUGAAUCGUUCAAGAGUGAUAAUACAGCGGUUAAAGAUUUAAAUUUAUUGCAAAAAGCGAUAUUAUGUCAAUUGUUCAAUUGUCAGGUGCUGAUGAGUUUAUCUUGUUAUGAGCAGAUUACUGUGAAUAUGUUUUAUGAUUAUUACCAGAAACAAACCGAUAUGAAUCGGAUAUUGGGUAAUUUAAAGUAUGGUGAGUUUAUUGAGAUAUUGACAGCUUUAGAGAGUAGCAACUGUAUAAUAUUGAGUGAUACGAGCAAUAAAGGAUCGAGAGGAGGCAAGAAGUUAAAAAAUGACGGAGGCAUGAAGAGUAUCAAGUUGAAUGUUGAGUAUGACGAUAUUGCCAAAGGUAUUGAAGAUAUUCAAUUAUUGAAGAGAGUAUUGAGGAAAUCCACGACACUGGCGACACUACCGACCCUAUCGAGCGAAUCGAGAUAG